CCCUGCUCUCUUGAACUGUAUAAAUUUAUCUUAGAAUAUUAAUGACAAGGUACAAGUGCUGGGAUUCUUUGUGUGUUUCAAAAAGUGUGGUCCAUUGAAUUGAUUGAAAGGAAAUGUGUAAUGACGCAUAUAUAAUUUAUACAAAAUAGCCUUGAAUGUCUCAAAAUGGCAAAACGAAGAAUGGAAUUUUAUAUCCUAAUUUGUUACUUCAUAAAAUCAAGUGCGGUGUAUUCAACGGAAGAAAAUAAAUUUCCAAAAGGUCACCAAGAACAACUAGGUUCUCAUCAGCAACAGGAAGGAAAUGUUGAAGAAUUAUGGACAAUGCCAAGUGCAAGUGUAUUUUAUGAUAAUUAUGUUGUCAAGUCGAAACCUGUGAUAUUCAAAGGUGCAGCAAAGGAAAGCGAUGCAUUUCAAUUAUGGACAGAUAGUUAUUUAUGGUGGGUUAUAUUUAUGGCACAGCUAGAAGCAUUAAGCAUGCCCCCCCCCCCACUUUUUUGCCAUUUAUUAAAAGAAAAAAGGUAUUAAAUUGAUAUUGUUAAAAUAAUCUGACCACAAUAGGCUCAAUUCAUUCGUAUCCCCCCCUUCCAAACACACUCUGCACAGUUAAUACAUGGGAAUCCCCCCCACAAACACACACACACAAAUUAAACUGCUGAUAAUUUCUUUAAAUGGUAGCUGAACAACUAUGUAACAGACAAUAUAAUUUUACAACAUAGAAAUCUUUGGUACUUUAUGCUAUAAAGAAAUUUGCAUGAAAAUUGAGAUUUGCAGCAAUAGAAUUGAUAAUAAAGUGGCAACCUACCACCCCACCCAUUCACUCAAGAAACAUGUCAUAAAAUCUCAACCAUUACAUACUUGUUUCCAGUUUGCCUUUUCCAUUUCUAAAAGUGAAAAAUUUGGCGAUGUUGAAGUAAAUGUGGACUAUGGAAAGAAAGAAAACAGAGAAAGACCAGCAGACACUAUGACGUUAAGAGAGUUCUUAAAGGUCUACAACAAAACAGAUCGAUAUUUGGUUGACUCAUUGCCAGAUGCACUUCAAUCUGAAUUUCAAUUACCACAAUGUAUUCUGUGUGGUGGAUUUACCAACAGACUAACAGUAAAUAUAUCACUAAUAAAAAUAUAUGUCUGAGAGCUUAAUUACUUGCACUCAGACAACAAUCCAGUCUUAUGGAUUGAAUAUUUUACCAAUAAAAUAAAUGCGGUAUUUCCACAAAAGAAUAAUGUUAAUUAUGAUCGAUACACUUUUGGCUUUACAGAAAUUGGUAAGGCAACUUUUCCAUAUUUCUAGGACUCCGUUCUUUGGUUCAGUAGUGGUGGUACAAAAUCAUUCUUACAUAUUGAUAAUGUUGAGAAUAUCAACUGUCUAAUAUCUGGUCAAAAGGAAUGGUUCUUUGUUGAUAAGGUGAAUUUGUAUUAUGAUCAUCACUGCCACCAUUGCCUGUGCAGUUACUGCCACUAUAUAUCCUUAUAACCAUUAUUAUCACCACCACCACUAUCACCUGACAACCAUUAUUACCACAACCAUCUUCAUGAUCUCCUUCACCACCACCAUUACCAUCAUCAUCACCAUCUCCAUUUUCUCUUCCAUUAUCUACUAUAAUAAACCAUGACAAUAUCACCAUAACAAUAUCACAUAUUACAGGAGAACAGUAAGAAGAUUGAGAUAGAUCAUGGUGAAGGCGAAUAUUGUGGAGUAGAUGUUGAUAAAGUUGACAUGGUAAAAUAUCCAAGUCUACAGGUCAUACCAUGGUGGUCAGCUCAUAUGGUUGCUGGUGAUUGUAUGUAUGUACCAUUUGGGUAAGUCGGGCACUCCAAAGCUACCAGCAGGUACUGCUUGCAGGCCACGUGUUACAACGUAAGGGGCAUCACGCUAGGUCGCUAACCACAUCAUGCUUCCUACAGCACUUUCUACCAUUCUAAACUUAACCCAUUAAGAUGCAUAGCUUCCCCAUUGACGAGUAAAAUUAUCUGGCGUUAGACAAGUAAAAAAAAUAAGUAGGGCGCACUGGGACGCAUUGCAGCUCAAUGGGUUAGCUAGAGAAAUUGUCAGAUUUUUUGGUUAAUAAAUAAAGUUUCUCUGUUGUCUCUGUAGUUGGGCGCACCAAGUGCGUUCGUACUCGCGAAAUAUUGCUGUGAAUAUAUGGUGGGCGGUGAUGAGAAGUUUUAACCAUUCAGACUGUCAGCGUUCUUCUGGUAUGUUUAACAUAAACAUCAAAUUUUCACACAACAGAAUAAGUUCAGAACAAUGAAAUUGCUUCGACGCCUUCGCUGUUUAGCAAACCUCCGUAAUUAGAGGACGUCUCCUAAACAGUUGUAAUACUAGCUCACUCACUUGUCGUAUUGUAUUGUUUACAUAUUUAUACGUUUCCGUAUAGAGAAAAAGCUCAAAAGAAAAUCAUUGAGUGAAUUUGAGUAUACACAUGGCGAGCAAAUAAGGUACAUUGUAUUGAAAAUCGGUUUGACUGACAGGCCAUGAUAGUCUGUGACAAUUAAACAAUAAAAAAUAAAACUAUGUCUUCAUAUUAGGUUUCUGAUAUUGAACUUACUGGAAGAACACGGUGGCAAACUAACUUAUGAUAUCAUGCAUAAAAUGAUGCGAGUAAGUCUGGUUAACUUUUCGUCAAUUUAUCAUGACAAUUUAUUCCUACGAUGACUGUUAUAUAUACUUUUAACUUUUCUAGCACGAACAUGAUGGAAAACAUCUUGUGAAUGAAGAGGUAGGGCGCAGAGUUCCUCUGUUUGUGUGCAGAAGGCUUUGCAAAUGAAGAAAUUAAAUAUGGGCACGAUGUCCUCAUACAGUAAUUACCAUUACUAGAGCUAGAAUAGACCGCUAUUCUAGCAAGUUCGUAUAUCGAUUAUCCGGAUAGCAGUAGGUCGAGCAGGAAACAUAAAUCAUUCCCCCAUCAUUUUCGUAUUGUAUGUUACAGAGUUUUGCGCUACUGGAUCAAAACAAAGAUAACAUCCUUGUUGUUGAAGAAGUUGAAACUUGCGAUCCAGAAAUUAUCGAGAUUGCUUUGCAGAGAACACCACCAGGAGAAGUAUGGAUUUUAUUUCGUCUUAUAGACUGGAUAACAGGGUGUUUGUGAAAAUGGUUAAUCUCAGAAGCCCCGAAUUCUGCUUUUUAAGUCUGUAACGUAAUAUAGACUGUUUAUAUAGUUACAUUUGGGGUUUGUUAAUUCGACACUUCCCUCAAGCUCCAAAACUCAAUUUAAGAAUACAUUCACCACGGACUGUCCAUUUUGGAACUGGACGGAAUAGGAGGCCCAAAUAGGAUGAUCCCAGGUUUUAAGGAAAUGGCGAAGUAUAAGAAAUGGGACGUCAAAAGUUAAGUGAAAGUAUUUCUGACAUUUUCAGAUCAACAUCAGAGGCAUGGCGCAAAGUAGAGACCCGAAACUUAUUGGAAUUUUAAAGAGAAUAGAGAAACAAGAACCUUACAUUGAAGAGUUUCUACUGAGAAUUCACAAAACUACAGACGAUAUCAGAAGUUUCUUAGAAACUUAUAGUGAAAAACUGCAUAUUGAGAUAAGGGAAUAUUUACAACAAAUACUCGACGAACAUGGUCAACCUACGGACCGACCUCGCGAGGAAUUGUAGACAUGGUGGUGAUGUUCAGUAUCGAAUGUGCAAUGUAAAAAUAGUUAUUUAUUGUAUCAUUGGUAGCAAAAAUAGACUUUCCGCUUCUAUUCCUAGACAUCGCAUGUUCAUUUUAUUUCAUUUCACAAAUGUUGGGGAUUGCCUCCCUGGUUUCGCUCAACAACUUCACGUACAAAUUCAAAUCACAAAAAUAAAUUCACAAUGACGAUAUACAGUUUCGAUAUAUAUUUUUAGUACUUUUGCACAAGUGAAUAUAAAUGGUUUAGUGCUAACCCUGGGUUAAAAUGUAACCUGCUGUUUUAGUUUAUGUUUUUCAGCACAUCUGUUUAUUUCAAAACUUCAGAGAAGAAAACUCCUACUGGUCCAGACAACGUUUCUGAACAAAUAUUUCCAAACUGAUGAACAAGCUGCAGGAAAGUUUGCUUUGAAUUUGCUUUUGCUUUGAGCUGUCGAAUGCUACCUAUUUUCCACCGUUGCGAAUUGCAUGUAAAACUAUACUGUUCGAGUAUUGAAUUUAUUCUCAUUUAUUGAAAUCCCUUGAGUACGCAUAAACGCAUGUGUGAACAUCAAGAUUUGAUAAACUUUUACUCGCAAUUUUACAUCGAAAUUGAGUGGCUAAAACAUUUUACAACACUGGAAGCUUCCAGACUGGACUCACAAUGGCAUACGUUUCCCACUGCAACAAACAUUUGGGGGAAUUUUCGAAAAUCGGAAUAACAUUUAAAUCCCGAAGAUGGAAAAAUGCGAAUUCAAUUGCCGAUUAAUUAGAUUGCAUACAGCACGAUAACAUAUCAAAUUUGGAUUACAUUUUUUUAUACACCCUGAAGUGUGACAAAAAUUUUAAAAUUGCCGAGCACUUAUUGCUUAGCUUGGCUUAGGUCAACAUACUUAUAACAGAGUCCGCGUGAAGAACAAUUUAUUUGGUUAAGGUGGCUUGAUAUAUUAAUCCACACAAAACCUUUAUACAAGAAUCGCGAGAACAAACCGUUAUGCUAUAUGAACAAACUGGGAAUAUUAACGAAAGCACUUAUGUUGUACAUGUUUUAUUACGCAUGCAUGCCAAUUGCUGACGUCAUUAGAAAUGCCAAUUUCAGUUUGAAAAACAGUGCGCUAGCUAUAUCUCAUUAUUUCGUGCGGUGACCUAUGUUGAAAUUCCGCACACUGUGUUGUGCCGCAAAAGUCUUGCACUAUACCAAAAAUGCAAAACUUUUAUCGAAAAAAAACCCGACAUUUUUGCGUUUUUAAGAAAAUGGCAUCACAGUAUGCUUAUUAUUACAAUAUUAGUCUCUGUAAAAUUCAACCCUAAGAAGGACUCAUCCUUUGAGGGAGUUAUCCGUCUUCUUUCCAAUUUUGUGUGCAAAACUUUCCCGACAUAUCGGACAACACUUC